AUGGCGCAACUCGAUACACUCGACAUCGUGGUGCUCGCCAUCAUCCUGGUGGGCACCGUCGCAUACUUUACGAAAGGCACAUACUGGGCCAAACCGAACGACCCCUACGCGAACUCGCUCGCCAACGCCAAUGGCGCGAAGGCCGGCAAGUCGAGGAACGUCCUCGAGAAGAUGGACGAGACGGGCAAAAACUGCGUGGUCUUCUAUGGCUCCCAGACCGGCACUGCCGAGGACUAUGCCUCGCGUCUGGCCAAGGAGGGCGCCUCUCGUUUUGGCCUGAAGACCAUGGUUGCUGAUCUGGAGGAUUACGAUUAUGAAAACUUGGACGUCUUCCCUGAGGACAAGGUUGCCAUUUUUGUCUUGGCCACUUACGGCGAGGGCGAGCCCACGGACAACGCCGUCGAGUUCUACGAGUUCAUCACCAGCGAGGAUUCUGCCUUCAGCGAGGGCGGCUCCCCGGAUGAUCAGCCCCUGAAGAACCUCAAAUAUGUCGCUUUCGGUCUGGGUAACAACACCUACGAGCACUACAACUCCAUGGUUCGCAACGUCGACAAGGCGCUCCAGAAGCUGGGCGCCAGCAGGAUUGGCGCUGCCGGUGAGGGUGAUGACGGUGCUGGUACCAUGGAAGAGGAUUUCCUUGCCUGGAAGGAGCCCAUGUGGGCCGCUCUCACCGAGGCCAUGCAGCUCGAGGAACGCGAGGCUGUCUACGAGCCUGUCUUUGACGUUGAGGAGAAGCUUGAAAUGAACGCUCAAGAUGACACCGUCUACUUGGGUGAGCCUAACAAGAACCACCUGGAAGGCCAGUCUAAGGGACCGUACAACGCCCACAACCCGUACAUCGCACCGAUUGCCGAGUCUCGGGAACUUUUCACGUCUGGCGAACGCAACUGUCUGCACCUCGAGGUCGACGUCAGCGGCUCCAACCUGUCCUACACUACCGGCGAUCAUAUUGCUGUCUGGCCUACCAACGCGGGCAAGGAAGUCGACAGAUUCCUUCGGAUCCUUGGCUUGGCAGAGAAGCGUGACACGGUGAUUAGCGUCAAGGGUACCGAUCCUACCGCAAAGGUCCCUUUCCCGUCGCCAACUACAUACGACGCUGUCGUUCGCUAUCACAUGGAAAUCUGCGCCCCGGUCUCUCGUCAGUUUGUGUCUUCUCUGGCUCCGUUUGCCCCCAACGACACCAUCAAGGCCGAGAUGGCCAAGAUGGGCGGUGACAAGGAUUACUUCCAGGAGAAGGUUUCUUCGCUCAAUCUGAACAUUGCGCAGUUGCUUGAGCUUCAGUCCAAUGGCGAACAGUGGUCCAAGGUUCCUUUCUCAAUCAUGAUCGAAGGCCUGCACAAGAUCCAGCCGCGUUACUACUCGAUCUCCUCGUCUUCGCUCGUUCAGAAAGAUAAGAUCUCCAUCACGGCUGUUGUCGAGUCUAUUGAGAAGGCUGGCGCGCCGCACAUUGUCAAGGGUGUCACCACGAACUAUCUUCUGGCGUUGAAGCAGAAGCAGCAUGGCGUCGCGGAUCCUGACCCCCAUGGUCUGAACUACGCUCUCACCGGUCCCCGUAACAAGUAUGACGGCAUUCAUGUGCCCGUGCACGUUCGUCACUCGAACUUCAAGCUGCCCUCGGAUCCUUCCAAGCCCAUCAUCAUGGUCGGUCCCGGCACUGGUGCUGCACCUUUCCGGGGUUUCGUUCAGGAGCGUGCGGCACAGGCUCGCGCUGGUGAAAACGUUGGCAAGACGGUGCUCUUUUUCGGCUGCCGCAGGAGGGAUGAGGACUUCCUCUACAAGGAGGAAUGGGAGCAAUACCAGAAGGAUCUCGGCGACAAGUUCGAGAUGCACACCGCCUUCUCUCGCGAGGGACCGAACAAGGUCUACGUGCAGCACAAGAUCCAGGAGAACGCCGAGAUGGUCGACCAGCUUCUGCAACAAAAGGCCUACUUCUACGUUUGCGGUGACGCGGCGAACAUGGCGCGCGCUGUCAACGAGCUGCUCGGCCAGAUCAUCUCCAAGCAGCGCGGACUGCCCGAAUCCAAGGGUGAGGAGAUUGUGAAGUCAAUGCGCGCAUCGAACCAGUACCAGGAGGAUGUCUGGUCGUAA